AUGACGAGAAAGCUUCUGUUUUGUGCGGUAGAUUGGUUGUAUGCUCACAUAAGUUUCUGGGAUAUCGGUGAAGCUUUGUUGGGAGUAUUCAUCUUCAGUUGCAUGCACCAAAAAUUCACCAACAAAGGGCCUAUGUUGUGGCCAUUGUUCGGGAUCAUCCCUUCUAUGAUUGUCCAUCGUGACAACAUCUAUAACUGGGCCACGCGAGCUUUGGUCAAAGCUGGGGGAACGUUUCACUACAGGGGCGUAUUGAUGGGAGGCGCCUAUGGAAUCGCAACAGCUGAUCCUUCCAACAUUGAGUACAUGGUGAAAACAAAUUUCAAGAACUUUCCCAAAGGAAAAUAUUACAGAGAGAGGUUUCUUGAUUUGCUAGGAGAUGGUAUAUUCAAUGCCGAUGGUGAAUUAUGGAAGGAACAAAGACAGAUGGCGAAAUCCCAGAUGCACUCAACCCGGUUUAUGGAGUACUCGUUCCAGACCAUGCAGGAUUUGGUUCAUGAGAAGCUGUUGAAACUGACUGAGAAGCUGGUAAAAUCAGGAGAUAAAUUUGAUCUCCAAGAAGUGCUGCUUCGAUUUACAUUGGAUAACAUUUGCACUGCCGCUCUUGGAGUUGAUCCCGGAUGCUUGUCCCUCGAUUUACCUGAAGUUCCCUUCGCAAAAGCUUUUGAAGAAGCCACGGAAUUCUCUUUGUUCAGGUUCUUGUUUCCACCUUUCGUAUGGAAACCUAUGAAGCUGUUUGGACUAGGAUAUGAGAGACGGCUCAAGGAAGCCAUUGAAAUUGUCCGUAAUUUUGCUCAGAAGAUUGUGACUGAAAGGAGGAAUAAACUUAACAGUCUUGGUAGCUUAAAUGAUCAAUCUGAUCUUUUGUCAAGACUUAUGGAUACUAAUGAAAACUUUAAACAAGACAAGAAUAAGCAAUUCUCCGAUAAGUUUUUCAUAGAUUUCUGUAUAAGUUUUAUUCUAGCUGGGAGAGACACCACUUCUGUUGCAUUGGCAUGGUUCUUCUGGUUAGUACACAAAAACCCAAAAGUGGAAACAAAACUUUUCACUGAGAUUCAAGAUAUUAUAGCUCAACGUAAGGGAAAGCACCAAGACAAUGUAAAAUUUACGGUUGAAGAAUUAAAGAAAAUGGUUUACCUUCAAGCAGCGUUAUCUGAGUCCCUGAGGGUGUAUCCAUCGGUGCCAGUUGAAAUGAAACAAGCCAUGGAAGAUGACCUGCUCCCGGAUGGUACAAUUGUGAAAAAAGGUGCUCGGGUUGUGUAUAGCAUAUUUUCAAUGGGUCGCAUGGAGUCAAUCUGGGGUAAAGAUUGCUUGGAAUUUAAGCCAGAGAGGUGGAUUAAUGAGGAGGGAGAGUUUGUGAGUGAGAAUCAAUUCAAAUAUGCAGUGUUUAACGGUGGUCCGAGGUUGUGUAUAGGGAAGAAAUUUGGAUACAUGCAGAUGAAAAUGGUGGCUGCUUCAAUCAUGUUGAGGUAUUCGAUUAAGGUAGUUGAAGGUCAUAAUGUUGUUCCAAAAGUAUCAACUACACUCUACAUGAAGAAUGGCUUAAAUUUAAGAUUUCUAAAGCGAUAA